AUGUACUUCAGAGGCAUGUACUACAACUGUGAUAGGGGAAAAGAAAGCAAGGAAACAGGGAUUCUCUGCUCCCUGCUCCAUGAAAACAACAAGUCCAUCAUUAUGGAUUUGUAUUCACCCCAAAUCCAAUUAAUUGAUGCGUGCCAGAUUGGCAUCGUGCACUGCUACUCAAAUAUACGAUCUCCUAUUGAUCAUGGUGGGGUAAAAAGCCUUUUGUUGGCCGAGACUGAGUCACCCACAAAAACUCAGAAGGUGUGCACCAAAGUAGCAUCAUACCUCGAGCAGGGCCAACACCUCAAGAAUCUUUCCUGGCAGCUUUGUCACUAUUGGUUGAUGCCAACAAUGCAAUGCAAGUGCAAAUUUGAACAUGUCGCCAUCGCUGUUCUAAAGCAGAAUGAAGUCCCUCUCAAGAAUCUACCUUGGCCAACCCAAGAAUCUCAUACAAUUGUUGCAAGACCUUAUAAAAUGCAAUUGCAGCUCUCUCUGAACUCAGCGCUAGGCCUGACUUGGUGGGAUAGAGCCUUCGCCAGAGAAGGUAUAGGAUGA